UGCUUGCUAGGACAUCCGGGUGCAUCUCCUAUCCCUGCCAUUGCAGAGGUCUCAGGUACUGGUGCACUUCAGUCCCUCCUGUUCUCUGCCUGUGGCACACAGUCGUCUAGUAUCUUGAGGGCUGGAAUACCUUCCUCCAAGCUGUUGGGUUUAGUGUGCAGGUGCUGGGAGGUGUUGGUGGCCUGUGAUAUACAGGAGGUCAGACUAAAUGAUCUGGUGGUCCCUUCUGCUCUUCAAAUCUAUGCCUCUCCUGGAACCUAGAGGAUUCCAGUCAAUCGCUGUUUCCUAUCCCAGGCCUCACAUCAUGGCAACCAUGCUUUCAUUUCAACCAAGGGGGCUGAAUGUGGCUCUGUCCCAAGCCAGUCAAUUCUGAUCCAUCAUGAAUCACCGAGAGGAGCUCAAGCAGAGUCUGAGUAUGCUGCCUCCAUAGCAGCCCCAACUUCAGCCUAUAUGGAAUUGAAGCGGGGCAGGCCUUUCUUCAGAGAGCGCUUUGUUUUGGUUCUGCAAUCAAACUGGUAAAUUAUAACUCUCCUUCUAUUAGACACCAGGUUCCCCUGGCCCAUGAGGCUAAUUCAUCCCACUGCCAGGGCAUGUAAGAAUCUUCAUGGGAGCCAGAAUGAGCUGCAGACCUUCCAUCAGAUCCAAAGGCGGACCCGUCGGCACCGGACCAUCUUCACUGAAGAUCAGCUACAGGCCCUGGAGGCCCUUUUCAACCAGAACCAGUACCCAGAUGUUAUCACCAGAGAGCACCUGGCCAACCGCAUCCAUUUGAAGGAAGAGAGAGUAGAGGUUUGGUUUAAAAACCGACGGGCCAAGUGGAGGCAUCAGAAAAGAGCUUCUGCUUCAGCUCUGCUCCUUCAAGGCACCAAGAAACCCUCGGAGGAGAACUGCUAAGGGACUGACACUAAAGGCUCACAGGGUUAUUGUAAAAAGCAUCAGUUGCCCUGAUCCACUGGUUUUGCAGCAAGGUUGGACAGAUGGAAGAGGAGUGGGGCCGGAGAGGGAAAGCAGUGAGGGAAUCUUCUGAUUCGAUGAGAUAAAGGGCAGGUAAAGGUAGGUGCUGUAUUUUCAAGUCCUUAGCUUUUUCAUCCAAAAAAAGUUUAUCUCAU